CGAGAGUGAUCGCAUCGCGGCUAUUAUGUCACCGUAAUUAAAAAGUGUGCCGUGCGUGGUCGGAAGCGUCGAGUGGUGGGUGGUGGGGAGCGCGGGAGGGGUGCGGCCCAGUGCGCGAUCACCAGUCGCGUGCAGCUCGUCGCCGCGCACGCCUGUCGCGUGCCCUCUCGCGCCGCCGCGAUGAGUGAUCACUGAGAGUGCGCCUCGUCGAGCAUGGAGUACCAGCACCAACCCAUCCAGCCGCUCGGGCCGCCGGCGCCUCCGCCGCAGCUGCUGCCGCCCGCGCCGCCGCCGCCCCUGCCCACGCUGCCCCAGCUCCAACACGGCCACGUCCAGGACGACGACCGCUGGAGCCAGUAUCACAUCUGGAGACAACACGUCUUCGUCAACGGCAAGUCCGUCAACACUAAGGAGACGCUCGAAGACAAGAAGGAUGACAACGACCUCUGGGAGGCGCAGGCCGCCUUCUUGGGUCCCAACCUGUGGGACAAGACCCUGCCCUACGACCCCGAUCUCAAGUACGUGGACCUAGAUGAGUUCCUGUCGGAGAACGGCAUGCCGGGCGAGGGCCUGGGCAGCACGCACCUGGGCGGCUCCGCGUUCGGGCCGGCGCUGGGCCUGCAGACUCCCAUCACCAAGCGGGAGCGCUCUCCCUCGCCCUCCGACUGCAUGAGCCCGGACACCAUCAACCCGCCGCUUUCACCAGCCGAUUCCACGUUCUCGAUGGCAUCGUCGGGCCGUGACUUCGAUCCUCGGACGCGCGCCUUCUCCGACGAAGAGCUGAAGCCGCAGCCGAUGAUCAAGAAGUCCCGGAAACAGGGUGGUUUGAGUGUGUGGCGCGGCGUGCUAACCCCAUAUCGACGUCGUCGCCAGUUCGUGCCCGACGACCUGAAAGACGACAAGUACUGGGCGCGCCGACGGAAGAACAACAUGGCGGCCAAGAGGUCCCGCGACGCACGCCGCAUGAAGGAAAACCAGAUCGCACUGCGGGCUGGAUACCUCGAGAAGGAGAAUAUGGGCUUACGGCAAGAAGUGGAGCUGCUAAAGAAGGAAAACCACAUCCUGCGUGAGAAGCUGUCCAAGUACGCGGACGUAUAGGCCGCCCGCCCCACCCGCAUAGCACAAACACGCCACGCGACAUGUGUUGGGCGCGCGUCCGGUCGGCGAGCGCGAGUGCAGCGGCGACACCCCACCCCGCCCCCGCUCACCACACGACUUGCCGAGACAGCCCCCUGCGGCCCUGCACCGAAGCGACCCGUCACCCCGAGCUGCCUCUGCAAAUCGUCCGUCGUUCUUUAAAUAGGAUUAAUGCAUAUAAAACAGUUACCGUUAAGUUUAGUAGAGUAGGUAAAGGUUAACCAAAGUUCCGUUGAACUCUGACGGCUCACCCGACACGCUCGUUCGCUGUACUUUGUAAUUCAUGUUGUAACGUUUUAUUAAGUAUUUCAAAAUUAAAUAUUGAAGAUGUUAAACGAAAUUGCGAGUUACAAUAUUUAGAGUAGGGUGUAAGAGGAGAGAAGUACUAGGUAGUAGAGCGGACGUUGCUCAAGUCGUACCGCGCCGCCUGUAUAUACGAGUAGUAAUAGUUGUAAAGGGAUCGCUUCCUCCCGCUCCGUGCAUGAGAUUACCGCGCGCGCCUCUCCGUGCGGGCGCCGCGGCCGGGGCGCGGGGGCCGGGGGGCGGGGUCAAGCCGCCCGCGCCCCCCCGCGCUCCAGCCGCGCCCCGCCCGCGCCCCGGCCGCGCGCCUUCUCUCGUUGUUUCAAACAUAGUGCUUAGUUUAAGUAGUGCGUAGAUUCCGUAGGGUAGUCGUUAUUAGAAUACUUUUGUUAUGGCUGUAGUUGUUAACGUUUUGAAAGUUUAUAUAUAAUUUGGUUUAGUUGUAAUGUGACUCGCGACAGGCGUCGCCCGACGCGACUCCCGCACUCUGUUUCGACUCGUGCUAAUCUUAUAAUAUAUUUUUGUAGGUUUUUGUCGUUGAUAAAUGAGUCAAUUGAAUGUUUAUUGAAUUGAUGAAUAAAAAUUAUAAAUGUUUAUAAGUAAGAAUAAGAAGUUGUUGCAUUUGAAAGUAUUUUAUGAAUACAAAACGAGAACAAUAAAAUGUUUUUCUAUGAAUGUAUCGAGGUGUGGGGUCCGCCCGGAACUCCGCCGCUUCACCUCGCACACUCUUUUAUAUUCCAUUUUGUUUGUUAAAAAUAUACAAGGAAUGCAUAACGCCUGCAAGAUGUUAUAAUCAUAUAAAUAUGUUUGCUAAAUAUAUGUAUGUUCUAAACGUAUAAUAUGUACGAGUAGUGAGAGCACUGGGCGCAGUGCGCAGUGCGCAGUACGUCUGCCGGGGGGUGAGGGCGGGUGCGCGGCGGCGGGGGCGCCCCUCCCACUGCGGCGCUCCGUGACACGCAGCAACAUUAAGCCAUCUUCGGUUUACAUACUAUCUCUAGAAUUUUUGUUUCACUUAAUUUAUAUGGUUCUAUGGAUUGAAAAUAAACGUUAAUUGUUGUAUGGACGCGUAGUUUUGUUGAAGCGCACGAGGCACGCGAGGCCCGGCCCGCGCCCUCUGCUCGCUAACGACCAACUCGUCCUGGAUCGGUGUUUUAUUUAAUAAAUCGUCGUAAAUUACCCAGCA